UUUGUCCAAAAGGACAUCCAGGCUGCCGCAGUGAAGCGUUAACCCACCAAAGAUGUCGGCCGGUUACAGACUGUGGGUGAAAAACGCCCAGCAGGUGGUUGUGGUCUGCAACAACGGAGAACAAUACCUGACCUUGAACGGGAUGCAGAAGCUCCACGUCAUCCAAAACGCCAGCGUGGUGGUCGGCAGCGACGGUCUGAUUGAAGCGGUGGGGGCCGCGCCCCUGAUAGAGGCCGAGUAUUCGGGGGCGUCUUUUGAGCGUGUGAUUGACGCGACGGGAAUGUGCGUGCUGCCUGGCUUGGUUGACGCCCACACUCACCCGGUCUGGGCUGGAGACCGCGUGCACGAGUUUGCAAUGAAGCUGGCGGGCGCCACCUACAUGGACGUGCACCGGGCGGGGGGAGGGAUCCACUUCACUGUGGAGCACACCCGGGCGGCCUCUGCAUCCGGCCUGCUGGCCUCGCUGAGCAACCGGCUGGAGCGAAUGCGGCGAGCCGGCACCACUCUGGUGGAGGUGAAGAGCGGCUACGGCCUGGAGCUGCACACGGAGCUGAAGAUGCUGGAGGUGAUAGAGGAAGCCCGGCGGACGGUGCCCAUCAACAUCUCCUCCACCUACUGUGGCGCUCACGCCGUACCCAAAGGGAAGAGCGUUGAAGAAGCCACCGAGGACAUCCUGAAGGUUCAGCUCCCAAAACUGAAAGAGCGAAUCUCGGCCGGGACGCUGUGUGUGGACAACAUCGACGUUUUCUGCGAGAAAGGCGUCUUCGACCUCGGCGCCACCCGCUCCAUCCUGCAGGCCGGCAAGGACAUGGGCCUCAACAUCAACUUCCACGGAGACGAGCUCCAUCCCAUGAACUCCGCUCAGCUGGGGGCGGAGCUUGGCGCGUUGGCCAUCAGCCACCUGGAGGAGGUGACGGAUGAGGGCAUCGCCGCCAUGGCCAAGGCGGGGACGGCGGCGGUCCUGCUGCCGACCACGGCUUACAUCCUACGGCUGCCCCAACCGCGAGCACGAGCCAUGCUGGAGGCCGGUGUCAUCGUCGCCCUCGGCAGCGAUUUCAACCCCAACGCCUACUGCUGCUCCAUGCCCAUCGUUAUGCACCUGGCCUGUGUCAACAUGAGGAUGUCCAUGUCGGAGGCCUUGGCGGCAGCCACCAUCAACGCCGCCUACACCCUCGGCCGCUCGCGCUCGCACGGCUCCCUGGAGGCGGGCAAAGACGGAGACCUUCUGGUCCUCAACGCCCCGCGGUGGGAGCAUCUCAUCUACCACCUGGGCGGACAUCAGGAGCUGAUCCGCUAUGUCGUCGUCAAGGGCAACGUCGUCUACGACAACCAAAAGACGCUGGAUUUGUGAAGAAUGGAAAAACUGUCCUGGUCGGACGCAUCUUAUCCUUAAAGGCUUUAAUUGAACAUAUCAGGACACCAAGUGUAGAGUAUUUGGUAUAAAACAUCUACCAGCUAGAGGAAUAAAUGCAUGUAGUAUUACUGCAAAUAAAACACAUAUUUUUAAA